AUGUGCAGCCCUUCCUUCAUGGAAAGAAUACUGUGCGUCAUGAACAGCAUCAAGCUGACACAGCAGACCCAUACGCAGCUCUUAGUAGAGCUUAGGACGAACGUGGAGCUGCCGGGAUGCAUUGCUGACUUAGGCACCCUGGUCGACUGCGACGGCUCGGUCGCAGAGAAUAUCAAGCAAGCCACGCUAAAGGAUAUUGAGAAGGCCGGCAUGUCGUGGUUCCGCCAUGCAACAGAACGGGCAGCAGGAGAGGACACAGCCUUGGCUGCAACAAGGAGCCCAACAGCAGGUGAUGCUGGCGCGGACUAA